AUGACGGCAGCAACUCAACCCACGCGCAACGUUGUGAUCGUCGGAGGCGGCAUUGUCGGCUCCAGCAUUGCUUACUACCUCUCGCGGGCCGCGGCGAAUGCAACCAAGAUCACCCUCAUCGAAGCAUCAGCAGCCCCUGCACCCGCUGCUUCGGGUAAGGCAGGUGGCUUUCUUGCCCUCGACUGGCACGGAGCCGCAACGGCGAGCCUAGCUGAACUCAGCUACAAGCUGCAUCGUCAGCUCGCUGAUCAAGACGGCGGUCACCAAAAAUGGGGAUAUCGAGAGGUCGAGACAUGGCAAGUCAAUGUGGACUCGAGCCUCAAGGACAAGCCCAAGAAAGCCAAAUCUGCCAUCAGCUGGCUCGACAACGAUAUUGUGAAAUCGACGUCAAAUAUGGGUGGAGGAGGUACUACGGCGCAAGUUCAUCCCGGGCAGCUAACGCAGCACCUUGUUGACGAAUCGCGCAAGGCAGGAGUGCAAGUCUUGUUCAACUCGAAAGCGACAGGCUUGCAAUUCAAGGAUGGCCAGAAGGUAGACAAGGUCGAGAUCAGGGACUCAAACUCGGGCGAGACGAAGUCGAUUGAGGUCGACGACUUGGUGAUCGCUGCUGGACCUUGGACUGGGUCGCUCAUCACUCGACUCUUCCCUCGCAACCUCCUCCCCGCGCACCUCAAAUCGGCAUCGUCCGUCGAUGGAUCAAGAGCACACAGCGUGGUGAUCGAGUCGCACAAACCCUUGUCGGCAGACUGCUUGUUCACUGACAUGGCCUACGGGCCUGGUGGUCGCAAGGCGGGUGCUCCGGAGCUCUACUGUCGCCCAGACGGCACUGCGUACGUUUGCGGUGGCUCCGACGAUGUCCCGCUGCCAGAGAUGGCGGACGAAGUAGGAUUUGACGAGAAGAAGAUCACGGCGCUGUUGGAGCAGAGCAAGGUGCUCUCGCCUUCCUCGCUGGAUCUGGAAGCGGGAGCGACGCUGCGUGCCAGGCAAGCGUGCUACCUUCCUGUCAGCAACCGGACCGGCAAUCCGAUCAUUGGUGGAAAGGAUGGAAUCUACGUAGCUGCAGGUCAUUCGUGCUGGGGCAUCACCAACUCGCUGGGAACGGGCAAGGUCAUGUCGGAGCUGAUCUUGGAUGGGAGCGUGAAGAGCGCCAACAUUCGAGGGUUGAUGCCGUGA